AUGGAGAACCAGGCUUAUAUGAAUGGAUUCCUCUUCUUACCAUUUUUCGCAAAAUCGAAUUAUAUAUUGUAUACUAUAUGUGUAUUUUUCUUCUUAUAUAUAUUUGGAGUACUUAUUAAUGCUAUUAUAAUAUCAGUGAUAUACAUAGAUUACCAUUUGCACACCCCCAUGUAUGUAUUUAUCUGUAACCUGGCCUUUGUAGAUAUCUGUUAUACAACCAUUACUGUCCCUAAUCUGCUGUACAUGUUACUAUCUGGAGAUAAUACAGUGUCCUUCAUACAAUGCUUCACUCAAAUGUACUUUCAUGUUUUGGCUGAUUCAUCAGAGAUUUAUCUAAUAUUCAUUAUGGCAUAUGACCGAUAUGUUGCUAUAUGUGAUCCUUUACACUAUCACACUAUUUUUAAUAGGAAACACUGUCUUGUAUUGACAUCUGGCACUUGGAUAUCAGGAAGCUUAAAUUCACUUGUGCUUACAAUCCCAGCAUCACACAUGUCCUUCUGUCAUUCCCGCACUAUACACCAGUUUUUCUGUGAUCCUAAAGCUUUGAUAAACAUCUCCUGUGCUGGCAGUGAAGAUGUUUAUAUAGCAAUCUAUUUGCUUGUAUUAAUAUAUGGAGUUUUACCAAUCAUGUUCUGUGUGACAUCUUAUAUAAAAAUUAUCAGGGUUAUCUUACAGAUAAAAUCUAAGGAUGGCAGAAAGAAAGCCUUCUCCACCUGCUCAUCCCACCUCACUGUUGUCUCUAUGUUCUAUAUAACGGCUUUAUCAGUGUACAUGAUGCCAUCAUCAGAAUACUCCAAUGUCCUAGAACCAGUGUUUAGUAUAGUGUACUCAAUUGUCACUCCCAUGAUGAACCCUCUGAUAUACAGUCUACAGAAUAAAGAAGUGAAAAGUGCUGGGCAGAGACUUCUUUGGGGAAAACAAAGUAUUGAACAGUGA